AUGUCCCGGACAUCACUUCCCACGCCCUGUCCGGCGUUCGGCUCGCGUCAUUUCUCAAGUCUGCCUGCGUUCGACAUCUCCGACGAUACAGCUCAGAUCGACUAUACGCGCGCGUUUGAUUCAUCGCUCAGAGGCCCACAGCCUAGGAGGAGCUCCGCGUUGUAUGGCAAAAUGGCGAGGAAAGCGCCUGUGGCCGUGUUUGAGGAAGUGAGGGAGGACGAAGUUCUGGAUCAGUACGCGCCAAAAGGACCCGUGCAAGGAAAGACAUUACUUUCCAAACCGGCAAGGAAAAUGGCAGUGGGCUCUACCGUGCGAUCAGACGUUGCAGAGACGGAAGCUCGUGGCGGACUGAAAGAAAUAGGCCAAGUCAGAGCGCAGACGUCGGAUCUGAAAGGCGGACCUUCAAUUCCCAUGGUGGAGCGCAAGGUGGCAGAAGGUUCUAUGGCUAGUAAUAGAAGAGGAAGCUUGGCGCAUGGUGGGAUGGCAGGAGGCAUCAAGAAAGACCCUCGACGGAGAACAAUUUUUGUCCCGGAAGAUACCACGGUCCUUACGAUCCAUCCUGGAGGCCAUACGACUCGACUCGACGAUACAUUUCAACUGUCAAGCUUCGAUGUGCCUCCGAUUCCGCAAGAAGAGAUGCAAAUCGCAGAGGAAGACUCUCAGCUUCAGAAGCCAUUGCGACGACUUAGGAGGUCGCUGGCUGCUGCGCCGAGACGAGGGCCUCUACAACCUAUCCAGGGAAUCGACAAUGUUGAUGGAUUUGACGUUUGCGGUGCAAAUACUGGAAAGGAAAACCAGCCUCCAAGGGCUGAGAAGAAAUUCAAGCCAAUUACAAGUGUGAAGCCUGACUCGCCAGUCCACCAUAAUGCGGUUCAGCGCUCCCGAUUACUUGCACCCACUGCAGCAUCUCAAGCCAGACAAAAUGCGGUGCCCCGGAACCCGGUGCCCUUGACCAAAGCCCUGGCAACAAAGCCGGCGCAUCACAUGGCAAAUUCGAGGCUAUCGACUUUCUCGCCGCGUGCUGCAACGCCUCCGAAGGCCCGGCCAUUGACAAGCAGGGAGCCUCAGAACCUCACCAAGCCUCGGCACUCUGGCAGUCCACAGCAGCGUAGCUCUCCCAAUCGGCCGGGCAGAACGUCUGCCGAGACCUCACAGAAGCAGGAGCUCCGUCGAAUGAUGGCAAAGAGACGGAAUGAAAUGCAGGCGACCAAGGUCAAACACUAUCCUUCAUUGACGGAAGAUCUGGCUCAUCUCAGCCUGUACGAGGACGACUGGUUGAGCCAGCAGGAAGUUGCAUUGACGGAGGUCGUGAACGAGAUCUUCAAGGCGGUGGAGACUAGACCUCGAAGCAGCAGCAAGUCUGUGCGGCAGUCCAUGAUCGAUAUCUAUCAUCAACCUGACGUCGCCAUAAUGCACAAGCGUUUGCAAGCCUCACUCGUUUAUGGGGCUCUCAGCAAGCCAAAGGGCACAUCAGCCACGUCUGAUUUGCGCCACGAUAUCGGACUGCGCAAGCGGUUUGUUAAUCUUUGGUUGGAGAGCUACAACCAAGAGGUGCUCCGUGCCGCCGCAGAGGUCGUCGUUGGAAAGCAGAUUCCAAGGCGGAAUUCGGCGUCGCAGUACAGCAUAGAGGAGAGCGAGAGGAUUCUGGACCCCGUCACCGAUCGUCGCGACUUGAUUGCCUUUCUGGAGACUUUUCUGGUCCAUGUUAGCGAUUUGGAUUUGGCGGAGUCUUUGGGUUACGGCGAAGCGCAGAGCUUGGAGACGAUGAGGUGGCGGAAGACCAUGGAGCGGAGCUUCAUGCUCAUUUGGCUACUGGACCAGGCAAAGACGUCCGAACUCGUUUCCGUUACGCUUUUCAAAAGCAGGUCAAAGCACAAGUCUUCUGCAUCUCUGCUGCGGACGCUUUCCGCGAUGCUGCUUCCUGCGGUUGGCGACAUCGUCCGCACAGUUAAGCAGCUGGACUACCAAGUCUCACAUGGCCAAGAUCCUUUGGACGAGGUCGCCUACCGCAUUGAAAACCUGGCAGUGGAUCUCCGUGAUGGCAUUCUUCUGACGCAUCUGGUUGAGACUCUUCUUUACAGCCGCCAAGCAGACCAUGGCAUGGCGGGAGACGACAAUGCCACCGUGACCGUCACAUUGCCAGAUGCUGCGAUUAUCCAGAGCGACUACUACACGCCGGAUAACUUUCGCAAUACUCGUAUGCUAUCUCAGCAUUUGAGGAUGCCUUGCCUGGGUCAUGCACAGCAGGCAUUCAACGUGCAAGUCGCACUGAGCGCGCUAGCGUGUUGGGACGUCGAUGCCGCGAACGUCGUGGGCGACGUGACAGCUGACGAUAUUGUCCACGGCCAUCGUGAGAAGACUUUGAGCCUGCUUUGGUCUCUGGUAAGCGUUUACGGCCUCGAUCAUCUGAUAGACUGGAAAGAGCUGGCAGUCGAUACUCAACACGCUUCCGCUGCAGCCAACACUCUGAACGAGGCUUCCAUGCGCCAUGAUCAUGCAACGCACCUCCAGAACUGGGCCGCAGCACACUUUCCCGGUGUCAAGAAUCUCACUACUUCAUUCUCAGAUGGGAAAGCGUACGCGUCGAUUCUCGAACAUUUCUCAGCCCACUUGCCACCACGCUCCGCCAGCGAGCGCACUUCCACUAGCACCACCGCCCUCGAAUCUCAGCUCCUUUCCCUCGGCUGCAGCGCCGCUUUCACACGCCAGCUGACAAGCACGAUCGGCGCUAUUCCCAGUCGCGAAACGACGCUGUCAAACCUCGCAUUCCUGGCCUCGCGCCUCCUACCUCUGUCGAAGCAACAUCAUGCCGCCAUGCGCAUUCAACGCUGGUAUCGCCACCAGCGCAUGCCGAGGAUGAUAUCGCAGCGUGUUGCGCUGAUGCGUAUGGCGAGGGACUGCGCUCUCGUUGUGCAGACGCAGCAGAAGAUUUACAAGGCUGCGACGACGUUGCAGGGGGCCUGGAGAGGUGUCAUCGCGAGGAGAGUGGAGAGAUUGGAGGGUGACGUGCAGGCUUUCCAAGUUUUGGCGAGAGGAUGGAGGGUUAGAGGGAGGAUGAAUGGGCAGGGGGGUGGAAGGGUGAUGGGAGGGUGGUGA